AGAAAAAUGGAAAUGUUAAAAAAAUGUUGAAUGAUGUUACUUUCUGAAUUCAAAUAUACUGCAAAGUUUAGUGAACAAAGUGUGACUGUAUACGUGCAGUACAGUGAAGUGUGUACAGUGUACAAUUGUACUAUUGUACUGGUAUUAGUUUAAAAUGAACGUGAAGAAAUGUGAAGAAAAAUAGUCCGGACGAAAAAAUAGUGUUUAACAAUGAGGACUUUAACUAUCGGAGACCGGACUAUAAGUUUUGAUACUGGACUCAACUAUGUCACUUCGCCACUAUCUUCCUCAGGAAUGUCCCAAGGAGUUGAGGGACUUGAGGUAGAAAGCAAUACAGGCAGUUCUGAGGCAGACGGGAGUACCACGGGUAGUUCGGAGGCAGAUUACUCAGGAAAUGCCUCCGUAUGUUCGGAGGAUCACGAGGAGGGUGAGGGACCUUGUUCCCUCGCGAGAGAGGGGAGUAGGAAAUUGAUAAAACCAGAUUUGCUAGCAAUGAGUCAACUUCUAAAUUUUGAUGAGGAGGACGAAGAUGACCUGGAGAGUGAGGAGGAGGAUGAGAAUGAAGAGAAAGCUCCAAGUCCAACAGACUGGCAGAAAACAGUUGUGAAAGAUCUGGCUCAGAGGAGUACUGAGAGGGUGGAAAGACGACAUUCUAUUUCAAACUGCGAGAAUACAUACAGGAGAAAACAAUCCGGUUCUAGUUCCAGCUCCGGGUCUAGUUCUAGCUCUGGUACUCCUUGCAGCUCCGGGAAACCCUCUCCGAAGAACUCUAUGUCCAGUUCCAAUGAUAAUAGUCAGUAUGAGAGUAGCCCUGUGUACAGAUUGAACACAAGCCAGAUGUACGCUAACCUGCAGGAGGAGUAUAAUAGUCCUGAAUGGCAGAGAGCUCUACAGACUCUAAACCUCUCUCUAGAAGAGGUCGCACAUAUCAGAUCUGUCCUAACCAAAGCAGAGCUUGAGGGCCUACCCCUGGAUGGAUCGGUGAAGGAGAAUGUAGGACGGGGUAAGGUCUGCUUCCUUUGCAUGAAGACCAGGUUCGGCCUGUUCUCCAGGGGGCAGAAGUGCGACAUGUGCAAACAGAUGGUCUGUGCCAAGUGUCACACCAAGAUGAAUAUACCUGUGGAACACUUUACUGCAACCCCAGUCUACGCCCUCUCCCCAUCCCAGGAUAUAGGGGGAAAACAAAAACAAAGUUUGAACUACGGAAACCGUCUUCCCCUUUUUAAACUUGGAGUUCCUUCACUACCAGGGGGUAUGAACAGUGCAGGGUCAGCUCCCAGCAGUCCGGGGUCAACAAGACGAAUCAGUGAGGGAGGUUUAACCCAGCAGUCCGGCUCAAACUCAAUAGAUAACUCUCUAUUCAGAGAAGACGGCAUUAGUACUAUCAGUGGAAUGACCAGCCUGCCACCGACCAGCCUGACCCCUAGUUUAUUCCAGCCGUUCAGCCUGCCACCUAUACAUGAUAAAUAUAAUACACUACCUAAAAAGGUGAGUAGAAGAUGGAGUAUGGUCUCCUCCAGGAGUAUUGAGAGAGAGAAGCUUGAAGGAUCUCCUCUAGCUGUGUGUUUAGACUGUAAGGAGAUGGUCCUCCAGGUUAUUCGAACCUCCCGCACCACCAAGAAGAUGCAAAUUGCCCGGUCCAUGUUCUUCAAUAACUUGAACCCUAACUCCUCGUACUCUAUGCAUAGGAUGUAGAUCAGCUGUUAUCCACCUGCUUUAUGAGUAUAUCAGGCUAUCAGCUGUUCUGUAAAACAAAUCAGCAGCUGUGUCAGCUUUUGAGAUUCUGUCAGCUACUUUUUUUCGGCUUUAGCUGUUCGCCAGCUGUUCUGGACUGUUGGACAGGAUUUAGGAGUCAUGUUUGUCGGCUGCGGGUUGAUUGUGUGAUUUGUGUACUAAUAUCAGCUGUUUGAUCAGAAGUUGUACUUGAUUUAUUUUGGAUUUAAAAGUGAUCAGAAAUAUUUUCUGGAUUUAUGAAGCCGGUUAACUUGAUCUGAGACAGAUAAACUGCUGUAAUCGAUCAACUAUAGUUUUUAGACAAACAUUCGAGGAAACUUUUAAAUUUGAAAUUAAGAUUAAUUUCUUGAAUAAAUAUUUUAAUAUUU